UGUACAUUGAUCACAAUGUCCACCUCUGGAGCCGCAAAUAUCAAUCCCAACAAAUCCUUUGAGGUAGUCCAACCGCCCUCUGAUUCAAUUUCCAGUCUUUCAUUCAGUUCCAAGGCCAAUUUCCUCAUCGCUACUUCAUGGGAUAAUCAGGUUCGUUGUUGGGAGAUAACAAGGAAUGGGACUGUUGUCUCCAGUACUCCCAAGGCUUCCAUUUCUCAUGACCAGCCGGUUUUGUGCUCUGCUUGGAAGGAUGAUGGAACAACCGUUUUUUCUGGGGGCUGCGACAAGCAGGUCAAGAUGUGGCCACUUACUUCUGGUGGACAACCAAUGACUGUUGCGAUGCACGAUGCACCUGUGAAAGAUCUUGCCUGGAUACCGGAGAUGAAUCUUUUAGCUACUGGAAGCUGGGACAAGACCCUGAAGUAUUGGGAUACAAGGCAGCCAAAUCCAGUGCAUACACAACAACUUCCUGAUCGGUGUUAUGCAAUAACAGUCAAACAUCCUCUGAUGGUUGUGGGAACUGCAGAUAGAAAUCUGAUUGUAUUCAACUUGCAAAAUCCUCAGACUGAAUACAAGAGAAUUGUAUCUCCACUGAAAUAUCAGACAAGAUGUGUUGCAGCUUUUCCAGAUCAACAAGGUUUUUUGGUUGGCUCAAUAGAAGGAAGGGUUGGAGUACAUCACCUGGAUGAUGCAAUACAAAACAAGAAUUUUACUUUUAAAUGCCACAGAGAGAACAAUGAGAUAUAUGCAGUCAACUCCUUAAAUUUUCAUCCGAUACAUCACACUUUUGCUACUGCUGGAUCUGAUGGCUCCUUUAAUUUCUGGGACAAGGACAGUAAACAGAGACUCAAGGCUAUGCAAAGAUGUAGUCAACCCAUACCUUGCAGUGCAUUCAAUAAUGAUGGUUCCAUAUUUGCUUAUGCGGCUUGUUAUGAUUGGAGCAAGGGUGCAGAAAAUCACAAUCCAGCUACACCGAAGAACUACAUUUAUUUGCACUUACCACAGGAGUCUGAGGUUAAAAGUAAGCCACGAGCUGGAGCCACGGGAAGAAAGUGAAGUUUCAUGAUAAAAUGAGAAAAUCCAUAUUUCGAUCUUUUUAACCUAAAAUUUUCCUUGGAUAGCCCAUUUUUCUACCCUACCGGUGUACAGUUUGUGGUAGAGAAGUUUUGUAGGAGGUUCAUUUCUCCAUCAUCCUCAUUGAGAACUAUAUUUUAAACUGUAUUUUGACACGUGCAUUGCACAUAUUUUCAAUUAUUAGUAAUUGCAUUUUAAUUUUGUUUUUAAUUCAA